UAGGUGCUCUAUGUUUCAAAUGAAAUCAUUUCAAUGAAUUCUCCGCUCUGGGAUGUUGAUUAGAAAGAAUGUAGAUAUUGUAACCACAAAUAGGCAGAUAUGUCGUCUGUUGAACUAAAUACGAAAACAUGUUCUAUAGAUAGCAUGCACGAACCCAACAUACAAAAGCUUCAUCACGUUUUUCAUGAAACUGAGGGGUGGCUUUUACGUGCAGGAAAAAGUGUUGUCAGAAAAUUUUUCUUGAGUCUGAUACAAGAAAUUGAAGAUGUCAAUGUCAUACAGCGGUUGAUCAUCUUAUUCUCAUCUGCUUCUCAGAAAGAUUAUGUUUAUACUCGAUCUCGAUCUAAUCCUGGUUUACCUGCUGAUAUCGCUACUAAAUCUUUUAACAAAGAAUUUUCCUUUCAAUUAAUCAAAAAAUGCGCUGCAGACACAUUGAAUUGGUAUCGGGAUACGGAUGAUCAUUGCAAGAUCACAUUUCUGUUAUAUAUUGCUAAUCUAUGUGUUGAUACGGGAAUUGCCCACCAAGCAUGCAAUCUCUGCAAAACUUUAUUGAAUCGUCGAAAUGUACAAAUUAUUUCAAAGUAUCAUUGUGAAAAAUCAGCUGAUGAUUCUGACGCAGCUUCAAUCAACAGUUCAGUUUUUAGUUAUCAUACUGAUGAACAUCCUGAUUUGUAUCAACUUGCAGCUGUUGUUUCAGAAUAUGGCGAUAUGGAUUUGUCAUCACCGCAUUCUGACACUCAUAGCAAUGUUAGUCAUCAAAAGUCUAGUCCUACCAUCAGAAAGCAUAAUCGAUUUCAUUAUGAGAAGGACAUUUCAUCCAUUGAUACCUCAAUUCAUGAUGAUCACCAACCUUGUCUUAUAUCAACAUCUUAUUCUGCAUUGAGCGGGAUUUCACCGUGUCGUGAUUUCAUUGGACUUCUGCCAGUACAUUUAUCAAAAAAUAUUUUGGGUAUGCUUUCACGAUCAGAUCUGUCUAGCUGUGCACUGGUUCAUUCCCGUUGGCACCAACUAGUAUCCCAAGUACGCAAAGAUGAAUUUUCUCUGCAAAUUAUUAAAGAAGAAGCAAUUUUAAUGCAGGGAGUGUCUGCAAAAGGUUCGAAUCCAAAUUAUGCAAAAAUUCAGAAAGUUCUUGUUCCAGUUGUUGAUGAAGUGACUCAAGAUAUUGUCAAGAAAAGUAUCCAUGCCGAUGUUCUUGCUAUCACACCGAGGCGUGAUGGCCAAGAACAAUUAUUUGAAUCAAUAUAUCGCGGAUUGGAAACAAAAUUUGUUGAAGUUGAGGAAAGAAAUGUUUAUUGUGGAGCUUACAAUCUACUUGUACUUGAUCAAAGAUCAAAUGCAAAUCGUGUUAUCAGUUAUGCGGGAGAAGAUAAUCUUGUGAUUGGUUUCGCUGAUAAGAUAGUGCGAACAGUGGACGUGUCAUCAGGAAGGGAAAAGAAACCAAUCAUGCAAGGACAUCCGGCAUCCAUAACUUCAUUAUACAUGGGCACAAAAGAACAAGGUUCUGUGUUUAGUGGAAGUUAUGACACAACAAUCAGAAAAUGGAACAUGAACACUGGAUCAUGUCAAUUGAUCAUGCAUGGACAUAGAAGUUCAAUCACCAGUUUUGAUCUUUUUGGUGAUUUACUUGUAUCUGGAGCACGAGAUGGUCUUGUGAAAAUAUGGAAUGCAGCAACUGGAUCAUGUACUUGUACCUUCAAACAUUCCAAAAAAUUCUCAGUAACUUGUGUGCAAAUGAGAAAAGAUACGAUAGUUAGUUCAUGUGAAAAAGGUCUUGUGAAAGUUUGGAAUUUGAAGACAAGAAAAAUGGUGAAGGUUCUGAAAAACCAUGGUGGAAUGAAGGUGAAUUGUGUUCGUUUCAAUGAUUAUUUUUUACUGAGUGGUGGGAACGACGAUUAUUUAUUGUUAUGGAGUAUGCCUGGACAACAGAGCAUUUGCCUCAAGUCCUAUAGACAUCCAAAGGCUGUGUUAUGUAUCGAAUUACGAUACAUGUGUGCAAUUACUGGAUGUGCUGAUGGAAAAAUACGUGUCAUUAAUAUGUUAUCUGGUGAUUGUUUGAGAGUUUUGAGAGGAAAUAGUCAAUGUGAUCCAAUAAUUAAUAUAUUUGCAACAGAAGAUAGGUUACUUGUAAACACCUGCAGUAAUUGUCUCGUCAUGCAUUUUGAACCUAUCACUUUGGAAUACAAUUCAUCACCUGGACAAAUUAAUACUGAAACUCAUCAACAUGCUAGAGUAUUUUCAAAACGACCUAUAUUAUCAACAAUUCAUUCAGUUAACAGGGCAAACAGAUUCAAUCUUACUAAUUCAGCAGACCAAAGAAUAUUCCAAAGGACGUCAAGUGCUCCACCGAAGUGGAUGAAGAAAGACAUCACAAAACCAUUUAUCCAUUCUGCUCCUGGAGUUAGACCACCAUCACAUUAUAUUGACUUACAACCUGAAUUUAGACGUCCUAGAAGCAACACAACAAUGUCUGUUACCAGUAUGAGACCAUAUAGUUCGGCAAGUCACGUCAACUCAAAAUCUGGCUCAAGAGUUGUUUCUGCAUGUUCAAGAAUCAGUAAUAUUUCUUCUAAGACACGUGUCAAGAUUGAUUCUUCAUCCAUGGCACAGUCUCUACCACCUGAUGAAAAAAAGUUUGGAAAUAAACAUUCUAUCACAACAAGAGAUAAGUUGCUGAUGAGAGUUGGAAUGCUGAGUCAUGUUAAGAAGAAAGAGCGACAUAACGAAAAUACAGAGAAUAAUUCCAUCAGUUAUUUUGACAGAUUUUAUCCAAGGCGAGAAUAUCUGGAGAAGCCUUCGAGUACAAUGACUUAUCCAGUUUCUUCAGCAAUGUCAAAAUUUUCUAAAAUAUCAGUUGGAAAAUUCUCAACAGAAGAAGAUGAAAUCAGAGAAGUCAAAUCUGUGUUUAAAGAACCGAUCUCGGAAGAACUAACACGAAGACAUUCAUCUUUGUCUACAUGGAGUAGGCCAUCAUUAGAUCCUCUCAGAAGAAAUUUCAGAUUUGUAAAUGAGCAAGAGCAUUCGGCACAAACAGUAAAACCCGUGAAACAUCUUCAGAUUGACAAUUUCUUGGCUCAGCAACUUGGAAUCACAUACUAAUGGCAUUUUUCACAACGCACCUAAAAUGUUUGAAUGCUUGUCAUGAGGACGAAUGAACUAUAACAAUGACUGAACAAUGGCAGUGAAGCAGUAGAAUAUUAUCCCAAUAUGUACAUAAAGUGAUUUACCUACACACCCCCUAAAAUAUCAGGCGUCUAUCACCCCCACCCUAAUUUUGAGGUGUGACACUGACACCACACCAUAAUUCUUAACGUAAAAUUUACUUGUAUUCGAAUAUCCAGAAAGCUUAUAUGCUCAGUCAAAUACAUAAAACAUUUUUAUAAGUUACAAAUAGUCCCCCCUAAAAAGUACAUCUGGGGAACAUAUUGCCAUGUCAAAUUUUUGAUUUAUGAAUAGUUUUUUAUUUUUUUUCACUUUAUUUUUUGUUAUCAUGUUUAAUGAGAUUUGACAUUUAUUACCUAUGUGUGCCAAAUCCUAAAACAAAUUUUGCGUUAUAUCUUGUUACUGUGUGUAUAUUGUAGUAAUUACUGGUAGAAUCAUGUUUUUACUGAAUCUCGUUACUUAUAUUAAAUAAUACACUUUUGAUCAUGAAUAAAUAUUGUUUUCAUUGAGUUCCACAGAUACUUUAACUCAAAUCAAUAUCAUUGUUUACUUUUUAGCAUACUUCGACCAAUAGUUUAGGGCCGGAAUCCAGAGGUUUGGUUAACAUGAAGCCUGUUUGAAAAGGCUUCUACGAAAAACAAAAAGGCCAGCGACACAGAAAAACAGAAAUACGGCAUGGUAUAAAAUACUCACGAAGACUAAUUUUCUGUGAUUUGUGUGUUAAAAUGCGCCUUUAUGUUAUGGGAAAUAUGGCAAAGAGGUCAUGACAUCGAUUAGAGCGCAUUUCAGUAGGCUGACGGAGUUAUUUUUUGGAUUUGGAGGAACAAAUUAGAAUAGUUUUAUCAAAAAGUGCAGCUCAAUUCACAGCCAUAUCAAUGUUGUCAGAGACUGACGGACAACUCGUCUGCACAGAGGACUCAUCAGAGACCAGGAAGAUUAGUUGAGUUGUCCCUUGUGAGUUUCCAAGAACGUGUGCACACUGACCACCGGAAUUGUAUCAACACCAGCAUGCCCCCCACUUACAAACUUGAUAUACGCCCAAUUCAAUGUAAC